AUGGAUCUGAAGGUGGUCUGUGCACUCUCCAUCUCCCUCAUCAUAGCCCUCAGCACCCUGGCAGAGGGAGUUGCACCUCCAACAAAAUGCCAGUGUAAAAUGGUUCCCAGGGAGAGGACAAACUGUGGCUACCCGGGGAUCUCAGCAUCAGAGUGCAAGAAAAUUGGGUGCUGCUUCAACGCUUCAGUCCCCAGCGUCCCCUGGUGCUACAGUCCUAAACCAAAGAAAGUGAAGAAAGUGUGUCCCACCGACCCCCACCACAGGAUAAACUGUGGCCACCCUGGCAUCAAGCCCUGGGAGUGCACAAGGAAGGGCUGCUGCUUCAGGGCACACCCUGCUGGGGUCCCCUGGUGCUUCUACCACCGCAACGUGGAGGAAGCUUGUUAA